UGUUCUUUUUGUGUUUACGUGCUACUCGUGGAGCUGUUUGCUCCUCUUCUCCACGUAAAAUAUUGCAAGGAUUUUGUGUAAUUGGACAGAUAAAUCAUUUUUAUCAUGGAGUACAUGAAUUCUAGUGAUGGCUCUUCGAUGAGCUCAAGUGGAGUGAUGAAAAAUAAAAUCCUCUGCUGUGAAUGCGGAACUCCCAUCGAGCCCAACCCGUCCAAUAUGUGCGUGGCCUGUCUGCGCACUCAUGUGGACAUCACAGCAAACAUUCCCAAACAGGCCGUUGUUUUCUUUUGCCGAAAUUGCGAACGUUAUCUGAACCCUCCAAGCGAAUGGGUGCAGUGCACAUUGGAAUCGAAGGAACUGUUGUCAGUGUGCCUGAAGCGUUUGAAAGGAUUGAAGGAAGUUAAACUAGUCGAUGCUGGAUUUGUAUGGACGGAGCCCCACUCCAAAAGAAUAAAGGUAAAGCUCACGGUUCACGGCGAAGUUAUGGAUGGAGUGGUGCUGCAGCAGGUGUUUGUGGUGGAAUUCACCGUCAACAAUCAGAUGUGCGAUGAUUGCCACCGGACCGAAGCGAAGGAUUUCUGGCGGUGUUUGGUGCAGGUUCGCCAAAAAUCCAUCAACAAGAAGACGCUUUUCUAUUUGGAACAGAUGAUCUUGAAGCACAAGGCUCAUGAGAAUACACUCGGUAUCAAGCCAUCGCCCUCGGGAGGAUUGGAUUUUUACUACGCCACAGAUGCCCAUGCUAGGAAAAUGGUCGAUUUUGUACAGGCAGUCCUUCCGGUUAAGGUGACCAAUUCGAAAAAGCUGAUUUCGCAUGACAUUCACAGCAAUUCUUACAAUUACAAAUAUUCAUAUGCGCUGGACGUUGUGCCGAUUUCAAAGGGAAGUCUUGUUUGCUUGAACAAAAAGCUCCAACAGCAACUGGGCCACAUUUCACCAAUCUGUUUGGUGACUAAAGUGGCUAAUGCAGUUCACUUGAUGGAUCCCCGAACUGCUCAGAUUGCCGAAGUUCAGAAUAUGGCGUUUUGGAAAAAUCCAUUCGAGGCCAUUUGUAAUCCUAAGCAAAUGAUUGAGUUCAUCGUGAUGGACAUUGAAAUCGUUCGCGAUAACGAGAAGAAAAAUUUCCCGGGACAGGGUCCGGUUUCAUUCCGUCAUGUACUGGCCGAUGUUUGGGUUGUAAAGGCUUCCGAGCUGGGAAUAAACGAAAACACUAUCCAUACAAGGUCCCAUUUGGGACACUUGCUAAAGCCUGGCGAUUCGGUCAUGGGCUACGAUUUGCAGGAUGCUAACAUCAACAACGCUGAUUUUGAAAAGCUGAAGCAGGACGUUGUUCCGGAUCUGCUGCUGAUUAAAAAAUACUACGAUAAAUCCGCUAGAAAGCAGACGAGAAACUGGAAGCUGAAGCAUCUGACCGAAGAUGUCGCCUUGGACACGGAUAUCGAGAACGACUACAACGAGUUUCUGGAGGAUUUGGAGGAAGAUCCAGAUUUGCGGCAAAAUGUUAACAUUUUCAAGGACAAUUCUAAGGUCAUUCCGGUGGAUGUGAACGAUAUGCCGGAUCCAUCGGUGCCCCGAAUCACGUUGGAGGAAAUGUUGGACGACUUGGUUCUGGACGAUGUCGAAAUGACCGAAGAGCAGUAACAAAAUCAUUGCUACACAUCUAAUAUGUAAGUGAUUAUUGUUGACACAUUUUUCUUGUAAUUUCAAAACGGUACAGAAAAUACAAUGAAAAGUGUACCAAACGGUAACAAA